AUGUUCCGCUCCCAGAUCGCUCGCCAGGCUCGCCUGUUCUCCACCACCCCCAUCGCUCGCAAGAGCCCCGUCGAGACCAUCAAGGACGCUGCCAAGGCUGUCGACAGGACAAUCUCCGGCGCCGCCGUAAAGGGCAUUGAGAAGGGUGAGCAAGUCGCCGAGGCUGUCAAGGAGGCCACUCCCAACACCGCCAGCGAGGCCAAGGGCCAGGCGAACGAGGCUCUCGGCCAGGCCAAGGGCAAGGCCGCCGAGCUGAAGGGCGAGGCCAGCAAGAAGGCCGGCGAGGUCCAGGGCGAAGUCAACAAGAAGGCUGGUGAGGUCCAGGGCGAGGCCAACAAGAAGUUGUAA